AUGUCCUCACUCUGUCCUCACACUCUGUCCUCACACUCUGUCCUCACACUCUGUCCUCACACUCUGUCCUCACACUCUGUCCUCACACUCUGUCCUCACACUCUGUCCUCACACUCUGUCCUCACUCUGUCCUCACUCUGUCCUCUCCCUGUCCACACUCUGUCCUCACUCUGUCCUCUCCCUGUCCACACUCUGUCCACACUCUGUCCACACUCUGUCCACACACUGUCCUCACUCUGUCCUCACACUCUGUCCUCACUCUGUCCUCUCUCUGUCCUCUCUCUGUCCUCUCUCUGUCCUCACACUCUGUCCUCACUCUGUCCUCUCUCUGUCCUCACUCUGUCCUCACUCUGUCCUCACACUCUGUCCUCACACUCUGUCCUCACACUCUGUCCUCACUCUGUCCUCACUCUGUCCUCACACUGUCCUCACACUCUGUCCUCACUCUGUCCUCUCACUCUGUCCUCUCACUCUGUCCUCACACUCUGUCCUCACUCUGUCCUCACUCUGUCCUCACUCUGUCCUCACACUGUCCUCACACUCUGUCCUCACUCUGUCCUCUCACUCUGUCCUCUCACUCUGUCCUCACACUCUGUCCUCACUCUGUCCUCACUCUGUCCUCACUCUGUCCACACUCUGUCCUCACUCUGUCCACACUCUGUCCUCACACUCUGUCCUCACUCUGUCCUCACUCUGUCCUCACUCUGUCCUCACACUCUGUCCACACUCUGUCCACACUCUGUCCUCACUCUGUCCUCACUCUGUCCACACACUCUGUCCUCACUCUGUCCUCACUCUGUCCUCACUCUGUCUUCACUCUGUCUUCUCUCUGUCCUCACUCUGUCCUCACACUCUGUCCACACUCUGUCCUCACUCUGUCCUCACACUCUGUCCUCACUCUGUCCUCACUCUGUCCUCACUCUGUCCUCACACUCUGUCCACACUCUGUCCACACUCUGUCCUCACUCUGUCCUCACUCUGUCCACACACUCUGUCCUCACUCUGUCCUCACUGUCCUCACACUCUGUCCUCACUCUGUCCUCACUCUGUCCUCACACUGUCCUCACUCUGUCCUCACACUGUCCUCACACUCUGUCCUCACUCCGUCCUCACACUCUGUCCUCACACUGUCCUCACACUGUCCUCACUCUGUCCACACUCUGUCCACACUCUGUCCACACUCUGUCCACACUCUGUCCUCACUCUGUCCUCACUCUGUCCACACACUCUGUCCUCACUCUGUCCACACACUCUGUCCUCACACUCUGUCCUCACUCUGUCCUCACUCUGUCCUCACUCUGUCCUCACACUGUCCUCACACUGUCCUCACUCUGUCCUCACACUGUCCUCACUCUGUCCUCACACUGUCCUCACACUCUGUCCUCACUCCGUCCUCACACUCUGUCCUCACACUCUGUCCUCACUCUGUCCUCACUCUGUCCUCACACUCUGUCCUCACACUCUGUCCUCACUCCGUCCUCACACUCUGUCCUCACACUCUGUCCUCACACUCUGUCCUCACUCUGUCCUCACUCUGUCCUCACACUCUGUCCUCACACUCUGUCCUCACACUGUGUCCUCACUCUGUCCUCACUCUGUCCUCACACUCUGUCCUCACUCUGUCCUCACUCUGUCCUCACACUGUCCUCACUCUGUCCUCACUCUGUCCUCACUCUGUCCUCACUCUGUCCUCACUCUGUCCUCACUCUGUCCUCACACUCUGUCCUCGCUCUGUCCUCACACUCUGUCCUCGCUCUGUCCUCACACUCUGUCCUCACUCUGUCCACACUCUGUCCUCACUCUGUCCACACUCUGUCCUCACCCUCUGUCCUCACACUCUGUCCUCUCACUCUGUCCUCACACUCUGUCCUCACUCUGUCCUCACACUCUGUCCUCACUCUGUCCUCACACUCUGUCCUCACACUCUGUCCUCACACUCUGUCCUCACUCUGUCCUCACUCUGUCUGUCCUCACACUCUGUCCUCACUCUGUCCUCACACUCUGUCCUCACUCUGUCCACACUCUGUCCUCACUCUGUCCUCACACUCUGUCCUCUCACUCUGUCCUCACACUCUGUCCUCUCACUCUGUCCUCACACUCUGUCCUCACUCUGUCCUCACACUCUGUCCUCACUCUGUCCUCCACUCUGUCCUCACACACUCUGUCCACACUCUGUCCUCACUCUGUCCUCACACUGUCCUCACACUCUGUCCUCACUCUGUCCUCACACUCUGUCCUCACUCUGUCCUCACUCUGUCCUCGCUCUGUCCUCACUCUGUCCUCGCUCUGUCCUCACUCUGUCCUCACUCUGUCCACACUCUGUCCUCGCUCUGUCCUCACACUCUGUCCUCACUCUGUCCUCACACUCUGUCCUCACUCUGUCCACACUCUGUCCUCACUCUGUCCUCUCACUCUGUCCUCACACUCUGUCCUCACUCUGUCCUCACACUCUGUCCUCACACUCUGUCCUCACUCUGUCCUCACACUCUGUCCUCACACUCUGUCCUCACUCUGUCCUCACUCUGUCCUCACACUGUCCUCACACUCUGUCCUCACUCUGUCCUCACACUCUGUCCUCACUCUGUCCUCACACUCUGUCCUCACUCUGUCCACACUCUGUCCUCACUCUGUCCUCACACUCUGUCCUCUCACUCUGUCCUCACACUCUGUCCUCACUCUGUCCUCACACUCUGUCCUCACACUCUGUCCUCACACUCUGUCCUCACUCUGUCCUCACACUCUGUCCUCACACUCUGUCCACACUCUGUCCUCACUCUGUCCUCACACUGUCCUCUCUCUGUCCUCACUCUGUCCUCACACUCUGUCCUCACUCUGUCCUCACACUCUGUCCUCACUCUGUCCUCACACUCUGUCCUCACACUCUGUCCUCACACUCUGUCCUCACACUCUGUCCUCACACUCUGUCCUCACACUCUGUCCUCACUCCGUCCUCACACUCUGUCCUCACACUGUCCUCACUCUGUCCCACACUCUGUCCACACUCUGUCCACACUCUGUCCACACUCUGUCCUCACUCUGUCCUCACUCUGUCCACACACUCUGUCCUCACUCUGUCCACACACUCUGUCCUCACACUCUGUCCUCACUCUGUCCUCACUCUGUCCUCACUCUGUCCUCACACUGUCCUCACACUGUCCUCACUCUGUCCUCACACUGUCCUCACUCUGUCCUCACACUGUCCUCACACUCUGUCCUCACUCCGUCCUCACACUCUGUCCUCACACUCUGUCCUCACUCUGUCCUCACUCUGUCCUCACACUCUGUCCUCACACUCUGUCCUCACUCCGUCCUCACACUCUGUCCUCACACUCUGUCCUCACACUCUGUCCUCACUCUGUCCUCACUCUGUCCUCACACUCUGUCCUCACACUCUGUCCUCACACUGUGUCCUCACUCUGUCCUCACUCUGUCCUCACACUCUGUCCUCACUCUGUCCUCACUCUGUCCUCACACUGUCCUCACUCUGUCCUCACUCUGUCCUCACUCUGUCCUCACUCUGUCCUCACUCUGUCCUCACUCUGUCCUCACACUCUGUCCUCGCUCUGUCCUCACACUCUGUCCUCGCUCUGUCCUCACACUCUGUCCUCACUCUGUCCACACUCUGUCCUCACUCUGUCCACACUCUGUCCUCACUCUGUCCUCACACUCUGUCCUCUCACUCUGUCCUCACACUCUGUCCUCACUCUGUCCUCACACUCUGUCCUCACUCUGUCCUCACACUCUGUCCUCACACUGUCCUCACACUCUGUCCUCACUCUGUCCUCACACUGUCCUCACUCUGUCCUCGCUCUGUCCUCACACUCUGUCCUCGCUCUGUCCUCACACUCUGUCCUCACUCUGUCCACACUCUGUCCUCACUCUGUCCUCUCACUCUGUCCUCACUCUGUCCUCUCACUCUGUCCUCACACUCUGUCCUCACUCUGUCCUCACACUCUGUCCUCACACUCUGUCCUCACUCUGUCCUCACACUCUGUCCUCACACUCUGUCCUCACACUCUGUCCUCACUCUGUCCUCACUCUGUCCUCACACUGUCCUCACACUCUGUCCUCACUCUGUCCUCACACUCUGUCCUCACUCUGUCCUCACACUCUGUCCUCACUCUGUCCUCACUCUGUCCUCGCUCUGUCCUCACUCUGUCCUCGCUCUGUCCUCACUCUGUCCUCACUCUGUCCACACUCUGUCCUCGCUCUGUCCUCACACUCUGUCCUCACUCUGUCCUCACACUCUGUCCUCACUCUGUCCUCACACUGUCCUCACACUCUGUCCUCACUCUGUCCUCACACUCUGUCCUCACUCUGUCCUCACUCUGUCCUCGCUCUGUCCUCACUCUGUCCUCGCUCUGUCCUCACUCUGUCCUCACUCUGUCCACACUCUGUCCUCGCUCUGUCCUCACACUCUGUCCUCACUCUGUCCUCACACUCUGUCCUCACUCUGUCCACACUCUGUCCUCACUCUGUCCUCUCACUCUGUCCUCACACUCUGUCCUCACUCUGUCCUCACACUCUGUCCUCACACUCUGUCCUCACUCUGUCCUCACACUCUGUCCUCACACUCUGUCCUCACUCUGUCCUCACUCUGUCCUCACACUGUCCUCACACUCUGUCCUCACUCUGUCCUCACACUCUGUCCUCACUCUGUCCUCACACUCUGUCCUCACUCUGUCCACACUCUGUCCUCACUCUGUCCUCACACUCUGUCCUCUCACUCUGUCCUCACACUCUGUCCUCUCACUCUGUCCUCACACUCUGUCCUCACUCUGUCCUCACACUCUGUCCUCACACUCUGUCCUCACACUCUGUCCUCACUCUGUCCUCACACUCUGUCCUCACACUCUGUCCACACUCUGUCCUCACUCUGUCCUCACACUGUCCUCUCUCUGUCCUCACUCUGUCCUCACACUCUGUCCUCACUCUGUCCUCACACUCUGUCCUCACUCUGUCCUCACACUCUGUCCUCACACUCUGUCCUCACACUCUGUCCUCACACUCUGUCCUCACACUCUGUCCUCACACUCUGUCCUCUCUCUGUCCUCUCUCUGUCCUCACUCUGUCCUCACUCUGGUCCUCACACUGUCCUCACUCUGUCCUCACACUGUCCUCACACUGUCCUCACUCUGUCCUCACUCUGUCCUCACACUCUGUCCACACACUCUGUCCUCUCUCUGUCCUCACUCUGUCCACACUCUGUCCUCACUCUGUCCUCACUCUGUCCUCACUCUGUCCACACUCUGUCCUCACUCUGUCCUCACACUCUGUCCUCACACUCUGUCCUCACUCUGUCCACACUCUGUCCUCACUCUGUCCUCACACUCUGUCCUCACACUCUGUCCUCACACUCUGUCCUCACUCUGUCCUAUCUCUGUCCUCUCUCUGUCCUCACUCUGUCCUCACACUGUCCUCACACUGUCCUCACUCUGUCCUCACACUCUGUCCUCACACUCUGUCCUCACACUCUGUCCUCACUCUGUCCACACACUCUGUCCUCACUCUGUCCACACUCUGUCCUCACUCUGUCCACACACUCUGUCCUCACUCUGUCCUCACACUCUGUCCUCACACUGUCCUCACUCUCUGUCCACACUCUGUUUUACAGCUGUGAUCAUGACUCCGACUCGGGAGCUGGCUCUGCAGAUCACCAAAGAGUGUAAGAAGUUUUCCAAACCUCUGGGACUGAGAGUGGUCUGUGUCUACGGAGGGACCGGCAUCAGCGAGCAGAUCGCGGAGCUGAAGAGAGGAGCAGAGAUCAUCGUGUGCACUCCCGGGAGGAUGAUUGACAUGUUGGGAGCCAAUAGCGGUCGUGUCACUAACCUCCGCAGAUCCACGUACGUCGUGUUGGAUGAAGCAGACCGGAUGUUUGACAUGGGCUUUGAACCACAGGUGAUGCGUAUCGUGGAUAACGUGCGCCCCGACCGUCAGACCGUCAUGUUCUCCGCCACGUUCCCCAGAGCCAUGGAGGCGUUGGCGAGGAGGAUCCUGGCCAAGCCUGUGGAGGUGCAGGUGGGAGGCAGGAGCGUGGUCUGCUCCGACGUGGAGCAACACGUGCUGGUGAUCGAGGAGGAGAAGAAGUUCCUGAAGCUGUUGGAGAUUCUGGGACAUUAUCAGGAGAAAGGAUCUGUCCUGAUCUUUGUGGACAAACAGGAACACGCAGACGCUCUGCUCAAAGACCUGAUGAAGGCCUCCUACCCCUGUCUGUCUCUGCACGGAGGCAUCGACCAGUACGACCGCGACAGCAUCAUCAAUGACUUUAAGAACGGCGUGUGUCGUCUCAUGGUGGCCACGUCUGUGGCGGCGAGAGGCCUGGACGUGAAGCAGCUCAUCCUGGUCGUCAACUACGGCUGUCCCAACCAUUAUGAGGACUAUGUGCACCGAGCGGGACGCACCGGGAGGGCGGGGAACAAGGGCUACGCCUACACCUUCAUCACGGACGAACAGGCGCGAUACGCCGGUGACAUCAUCAAAGGCCUGGAGCUGUCGGGGGGCUCUAUCCCCACCGAGCUGGAGCAGCUCUGGGCCUCCUUCAAGGACCAGCAGAAAGCGUUAUUAGCACGUGCGGGCCCCUUUCUGCGGGCCCCUCCCUCUCUGCGGGCCCCUCCCUCUCUGCGGGCCCCUCCCUCUCUGCGGGCCCCUCCCUCUCUGCGGGCCCCUCCCUCUCUGCGGGCCCCUCCCUCUCUGCGGGCCCCUCCCUCUCUGCGGGCCCCUCUCUCUCUGCGGGCCCCUCCCUCUCUGCGGGCCCCUCCCUCUCUGCGGGCCCCUCCCUCUCUGCGGGCCCCUCCCUCUCUGCGGGCCCCUCCCUCUCUGCGGGCCCCUCCCUCUCUGCGGGCCCCUCCCUCUCUGCGGGCCCCUCUCUCUCUGCGGGCCCCUCUCUCUCUGCGGGCCCCUCUCUCUCUGCGGGCCCCUCUCUCUCUGAGGGCCCCUCCCUCUCUGCGGGCCCCUCCCUCUCUGCGGGCCCCUCUCUCUCUGCGGGCCCCUCUCUCUCUGCGGGCCCCUCUCUCUCUGCGGGCCCCUCUCUCUCUGAGGGCCCCUCUCUCUCUGCGGGCCCCUCCCUCUCUGCGGGCCCCUCCCUCUCUGCGGGCCCCUCUCUGA